AUGAUAGAACUACACGAAGAAAUUGUCGAAAGGUCUCAUUACGAUUACAGUCGAGGAGAAAGACCAUCAAAAGAAGACCCUUCAAAUCAUAUCUUUCCUCCAUUUGAUCAACUUUAUAAUUGGAGUCAUCUGACUCCUUUAAACAAAGUUAAGGUCAUCAUCUUGGGUGAUGAACCGAGUAACAAACCUGGCUUUUCUCAUGGAUUGGCUUACUCUCAGUCUAUUACUUCUAAGCGGAUCUUAGGUACGAUGAAUAAUAUUCAUAACGAAUUAAACCAUCAAUUUCCAAACCAAUUUCCUUCCAACUUAUCACACGGUUCAUUAGUUUCAUGGACCCAAUCAGGUAUCCUUUUACUCAACAUCAUCCAAACCAUUCCAAGAUCAACUGGUACAUCACAUCAAGGAAUCGGUUGGGAAAGAUUCACACAAGUCGUCCUAAAUUUAAUUGAUCAACAAGGAGGUAGUGAUCUUCAGCUCGGUCUUGUUUUUCUUAUAUGGGGAGAAAAUGCAUUAAACCAAAUUAAUCAAUCAUCAAUUCCUUCAGGUUUUCUUGCGCUUUACUUGCUUUGCUUUUUACUUGGGAUUUAUAGUCUAAAAGAAAUCAUUUGA